CCCUCCAUUCGCCCCUCGUUAUUUACUUCAACCAACUUCACAUUACAGCAGAUCAUUGUUAUCAUGUCUUCAGAAGAACCCCAAUCCCUGCGCUCUCUCUACGAAGCCGCCGAAGAAAAGCGCCGCGCUUUAGAUAACGCCUUCGAGGCAACUUCGCCCGCCUACCGCUCUGAUCUUGAAGCUGCACUAUCCCUCUACUCCUCCGCGCGCGACCAAAUCUCAGCUCUUGCCCUUUUCUCCUCCAACGAAGGGCUUGAGGACGUCUCUACAUCAGACCUCCCUUACCUCCUUCUCGACGCCCACGUUGCGGAGCUCGUACAAAAGACCCCCAACCAAAGCCUUGACCAACGCCUUGAGGUCCUCUCCAAGUCUCGCGCCGCCUACGAGCGCUUCCUCGCCACCGUCGACAGCUAUGGACUAGUGCAGAAUCCUUACGACCGCGUACUCGAGCGGUAUCGCGACGAUCCUGAGAGAUUUGCUGUUGUUGCUAGUAAUGAUGCUGCGGCGCGACGAGACGGCAAGAUUGCGAAUUAUCGCGCUGAAAAGGCGCUAAAAGAGAAGCUGGAAACAUUGAGACGGAAUCCACGAUACCUGGACGACGGCGACGAGGAGCUCGUGCGGGAGCUUUACCUGACACAAAUCACUUUCGCAGUGCAUUCUGCGCUUCAGGCGCUGGACUCAUUAAAUCGCGAGGUGGAGAUUCUUGCCCAGGCACCUCGACCGCUUGCGCCCUCAGCUACAAAUGCGCCAUCUCCCGAAGAUCACUCUUCCCGACUUGAUCAGCCUCUACGCCGUCUACACUCCCUCCAAGCUGGUCCUCUACUGUCUAAACAAGGCAAACCUUUGCAGCCAUUUACGCUGCUUGGUUCAAGGGAUCAAAUGUCAAGAGACGUGUUUCGCUCAGGGCACAACUUGCCGACCAUGUCCAUCGAUGAAUAUCUCGAGGAAGAGAGGAGACAAGGAAAUAUUCUCCAGGGCGGUGUGGAACCGAAGAAGGUGGUGGAUGAGGACGACAUGGAAGCUAUAGAUCGUGAGACGUAUAAGCAGCGCGAGUGGGAUGAGUUCGUUGAUCAUAAUCCCAAGGGAGCAGGAAAUACUCUCAAUAGAGGUUGAUCUGUGUUGGAAAUAUCGUAUAGAUGUUCGGCGUUUAGGUACAUGCAUGGCAGGAUGUAGAAAAUACUAGCACAGGGAGCGACACGAUCUAUGAGCACUCACAAGAGCUGUUGACCAUUUCACUUAAGACCAAAAGCCAGUGAUAGUAGCCAUGUUCCCAAUCUAUAUGCACAAGUAUCUGAG